AUGUCUCAGAAGGUCUGGACCCGUCGGAACCCCGCAGGCUUCGGCUUGGAGAAGUCCCUCGAGGCCGUCCGGAACCCCGCCGCUCCGAACCCGAUUCCCUCGCCGCCGUCCGAUGUUGAUGCACUAAAGCAAGACGGCGACUCCUUCACCCUCUCAACCUUCACCUCCGAAGACGCCUUCGAGCUCGGCCACCUCCUCUACGCCCGCCUCCUCCCCUUCGCCGCCGCCGGCAAGCCCACCGUCAUCUCCAUCGCCCUCGCCAACAGCGGCGGCCAGGUCCUCUUCCAGACCGCCGUCGGCUCCGGCUCCCUCCCGGACAACGAGACCUGGGUGCAGCGCAAGCGCGCCAGCGUGCUGCGCUGGGGCGCGAGCACCUGGCUCCUGCACAACAAGUUCGCCGGCGACGAGGCCGCCUUCGCCGCGCGCUUCGGCAUGAGCACGGAGCAGGCGGGCAAGUACGCCAUCCACGGCGGCGGCGUGCCCAUCCGCGUCCAGGGCGUCGAGGGCGUCGUCGCCGUGGUUGUCGUCAGCGGGUUGAAGCAGGACGAGGAUCACGGCGUUAUUAUGGAUGUCAUCAAGAGCAACUGGCAGUAA